AUGUCUGGAGGAUUUUUAUUUUACCUUAUUAAAGUUAAGAAGCAACCGUUCUUCUUGAUUGCCACCAAAGAUAGAGGAUGGUUGAGGCCUAAACCUUUACAUACUUAUCACUUGAUUGUGUUUACUUAUAUGUUUUUCGAAGGACUUCAUUUGAUAUUUUUGGUAAAUGAAUUAUAUCCUAAUUUGAUAGCGGCUGAAGUUGGCAAUAUUAUGGCAGAUUCCAUUUCAGCAGCCUCGGCCGCAUUUUAUCCCGUUAGUAUAGUUUAUUCUACACCAAACAUACAACUUGAUAAACAACAUGAAAAUUCGUACUUCAGAAAUUUUAAUUAUGUUGGACCAAACGCACGUUUAGUUGACAUUGUUGGAAUUAUAUUAUUUUUUGUACCAUUAUUCACGUUAUUACCUUUUGCUUCACUAGCAGGAUAUUAUGCUGAAAUGAAUGAUGUUAAAAUGGAAAAUGUUUUUUAUACUGCACAUUACUUUGCUUGGGUAGCUUGGGAAAUUAUAUAUAUUACAGUAUUAACAUUUUACUGGUACAGGUUAACAUUUAUAAUCAAAGAUCAUAUUAAAGUAUUAUUAUUAGAAAAAGAUAAUAGCAAUCAGGUCAAAAAGUUCAAACGAGGCACCAGAAAUUUAACUAUACCGGUUUUAGCGAUAGUUUUUGGAUUAUUGCUUCAGGCGAUUAUAUAUGUCGUUAUGAGUUUAACGCAUCGUAGCAAUACAGUUUAUUAUUUUGGAUGGAAUUUAUUUUAUUAUUGGAUCGGAUAUGUUACUUUCCCAUUACUGGGGUUCGGCAUUGAAUGCUCUGUUGGGUUUUCGUCACCAUCUUCCUCACAAGGUCAAUUAAACACGAUAACAACUGUCAACAUGGAAAGUCAAAAAGAUAGUAAAACUUUAUGUUGUUUACCAAUUAAGAACUUUGGUAUUACAACAAAUAAACCUACCAUAACAGUUAUUCAUUGCAGUUCUGAAACUAUUACUAUCGUCGAAAAUAAUAAUGAACAAAGUAAUACCUUAAAUUGA